GGUUCCAGUUUCAUUUCGCCACUCCAAAAUAUGCUUACCUUUGCAUACAUCAUCCUUUUUUUUUUUCUUCCCUCUCUUUUUACCCAGCUAGGUCCCAUUGUCGGACAGGGUUAUGGAGGAGAAUGGAGGAGAACUCGGACGGAGACAGCGGUACCACAUUCUGCCAAAAGGAGCACGGCCAACACGGCCAGCACGGCCAGACUGCCAGACUUAUCAGAGAUGAUCGUCUAAGGGAAUGCAUACCCCAUGUGUUGCGGUGGAGUUGCCUAGUCUCUCGAAGCUUUAUCAACUGGCAACGACACGCGCCAGCACAGCAAGAUGGGGUCACACUCUUCAAGAGCCGCAUCUUCACCUGCGUCUAUCAACCUGGUUCCCUUCCGUCCCCAUUGUCCCUCUCUGGUCCCUCUCUGGUCCCUCUUGGGUCCCUCUAUGGUCCCCAUUGUUCCCCCAUUGCCCCCUUCGACCCCUUCGACCCCUUCGGCCUUGUUCUGUUUAAUUGCGUCUUUACUAGAUCCCUGCCCCGCACUAACGAAGUCCAAUUCUGCAAUAAAGCACACAUGUCUCGCCGUCGAUGGCUCGUCUCUCUGCACCGCAGCCCCGAAUACGUAGCCUAACAUCCCCCUUCUUCAACACAACCACAACCACACCUCCUUUGAGUAGUACAGACCUCGUCGACGAAACUUUUUUUUUCUCAGUGCUGCCCUACCGCUUCCCCAUUGAUCCCUCCUAAUAAAAUUCCCUCGUACAGUUGGGCUUGACUGCAUACUCAAAACGCGCCCCGGAAUCCCAUCCCGCGUCCGUA